AUGGACGAUACGGAAAUGCGGGUUAACAAGGCCAGUGACACGCCUAACAUGGAAGAUGAGGGUGCCGAAACCGAGACGUCUCCUGCGCACAAACACCCGAAAUUCGACGCCACUCUAUGCCGCAUCCAUCGUUAUUCACCGGACCCCACCCUCAUCCUUGAUGAAAAUCUCUGCGUCGUGGAGGUCUCAGACAGUCAUUGUGCCUUCUCGGGUCAAUUUAGAGAUGCAUUCCUGGGCGCUUGCGCCUGCGAUAUUCCGCCCCAAUCCAUCCCUGUGCCUGACACUCCUUCACUUUAUGGAGCGUUACGUGCCUCUAUCAACUCGACAGAAAUCCAAGUCAUAGAGGGGAUACACGUUGAAAGGAGCGAUGCAACUUAUCAGCUUCGAAUAAUGCCUAUCUUCGAAAACUCCGCAUUGAUCUACAUCGUGUUAGAAGCUCAUAACAUAUCAGAAGGUCGUUGGAAAGCGACUCACGAGCAGCACGCCUAUGUGAAUGAAGUUUAUAGGACUUUAGUCGACACUGUUAAAGAUUACGCCAUCUUUAUGCUUGACACUCAUGGGAAUAUCACCACAUGGAACCAAGGCGCCGAGCUAUUAAAAGGAUAUUCAGCUUCAGAAAUCAUCGGCAAGCACUUUUCGGUUUUCUAUAGUCCCCAGGACCGUCUUAUAGACAAGCCAACUAAGGGCUUGGCUAUUGCUUUACGCGAAGGACGGAUGGAGGACGAAGGGUGGCGAUACCGACAAGAUGGAACACGUUUCUGGGCCAACGUCAUGAUCACGCCUAUCCAUCAGUAUGGCCGUCAUGUUGGCUUUGUUAAGGUCACGCGUGACCUCACUGAGAGAAAGGCGGCCGAGCAGCGUAUGAUCGCAGCCUUCGAGGAAUCAUCAAAAUUGAAGACGGAUUUUUUAGCAAAUAUGAGCCACGAGAUUCGCACCCCGAUGAAUGGCAUGCAGCUUGCGGUCACGAUGAUGAAGGACACCAAUCUUACUAAGCAGCAACUCGAGUACACUUGGAUCAUUGAGGACUCAACGUCCAUUUUACUACAGAUUAUCAAUGAUGUCCUCGAUUACUCAAAGUUGUCUUCUGGGUCUUUCUCUCUCAAAUGCGACGUUGUGGAUAUCGCGAGUGUUCUCGAUGCCACCCUGCGUAACUGCAGAUCUCUUUUGAAAACUGGUAUUGAACUGACUGUGUCAACUCCGCAAAAUUUACCUAAAGUUGUCUAUGGUGAUCCUCUACGGUAUCGUCAAGUGGUCCAGAAUCUGCUAGGGAAUGCGGUGAAAUUCACAGAGUCGGGAUACGUUCGACUUUCUGUCACUUGCUCGCUAGAUGAAUCAGACCCGCCGACAUAUCUGAUUACCACAGAGGUCGCGGAUUCGGGGAUCGGGGUUUCUGACUGUGCUCUUAAUUCUCUUUUCACGCCUUUUACACGAUUUGCCGAUGUCGCAACACGAAAGUACCAAGGGGCUGGCCUUGGACUUUCUAUCUGCAAGAGUUUAGCGGAGCUCAUGGGCGGUACGGUGGGCUAUGUACCUGGUCCAGACGGUAAAGGGAGCGUAUUUUGGUUCACAGUCAAAAUGGGUCGCACAGAUAGUGUGCAUUCAGACAAGAAGCCGAGCAAGCCUCCUUCCGAUGAUCCGAGUAAUCUUUUAAGCAAAGUCCGGGCGAUUGCACCUCGCAAGCAUAUCUUGCUAGCCGAGGACAACCUAGUCAACCACAUGGUAAUGCUCAAACUUCUCCAGAAUUUCGGUUUUGAGCGGGUCGAUACAGCAUGGGAUGGGGCAGAAGCGGUUCGACUAGUUAAGCGAACGCCUCUGUCAUACAAUCUGGUGCUCAUGGACAUCAGCAUGCCGGUGUUGGAUGGAUUGGAAGCGACAUCGCAGAUCCGAGACUUGGGCAUUGAUGUGCCAGUACUCGCCCUAACGGCAAAUGCGCUAAAAGGAGAUAGGGAGACGUAUCUUGCCAAGGGAUUGAACGAUUACCUAGGGAAACCUAUCCAUAGCGAUCAACUGUUGCAAGUCCUUUGGAAGUGGAUGGGGACCUGA